CUCUGGUCCUGAUGUUUCAGAACAAACCUGUUAAAGAGUUGGGUCCAUAUUCCAGUUACCCAAUCCAGAUUAAGAUACUUCACAUCUGAUCUAAAAAUGUUCAACUCUGCAGACAUGGUCUUUUCAUUGGAUAAUUUAUUUUAUGAAAGACCAGAUACAAGACAAAGGUAUCUAGAAAAUGAAGAGCCUAAGAUUUGGUCUAUUGCACCUGCUCCAGCUAUUGCUGAAAUUCCAGCUGCAGAGGACUUACAGAGGGAACUGGAAAGAAAUACAGCCAACACUCAUACGGGAGGGAGAAAGCACCAGAAGUUUAUACAACAAUGUAAGAGUAACAGUGAGGAAGUAAAUGAGAAAUCACCAGCACCUGCUGAUUUUGGCAUAGCCUCUGAAAAAGAAGUGCUCCAAUUAAGUUUAGGAGAAAGAGAGAAAAUUAGUUUUCAGCAUGAAAGUCUGAACAUGGUUUCAUCGUUUCUCUCUCCUGAUGAAGAUAAAUCUAAAACAAGAAUAAGGGUUUCUCAGCAUCCUGGUGCAAAUUUUUCACAAAACAAAAUAUUAAGUAAUUUUCCAGAAAACAGUGAUGAUGAGAGUGUGCAUUCCACAUUAAGAAAAAGCUUAUUUAAAAUGUCUGGUUGUAUGUACAAAAAUACAGAAUUUAAAGAUCGUUCUAUUGAUGUGAAAGAAAUUGAUACUUACUUACAUACAAGUGAAGGCAUGGAAAAAGCGAGGCAAGAAGGGUUAUGGAGAAAUAAUCAUCAUGCUCCAAUAACUAAGGAUUCAGAUUUUACUCUGCAUAGGCUAAAUGAUGGGGACAUUGCAUCUCAAAAUGGAAUUAAAAUGAAAUCAUUUUCUAAUGCUUCAGAGAUUCUGGAUAUGACAGGAACUACAGGAAGAAAACUGGAAAUUUUGAGGAGUGUUACAGAAAUACCAACCCAAUUUAGAAGUAUCUUUAAGGAGUUCCCAUAUUUUAACUAUGCACAGUCUAAAGCUUUGGAUGAUCUUCUUUAUACAGAUAGGAAUUUUGUGAUUUGUGCUCCGACUGGCUCUGGAAAAACUGUAAUGUUUGAGCUAGCUAUUACCAGAUUACUCAUGGGAGCCCCACUGCCUUGGUUUAACAUUAAAGUUGUUUACAUGGCUCCAAUAAAAGCUCUAUGCAGUCAGCGUUUUGAUGAUUGGAAAGAAAAAUUUGGACCUAUAGGACUCAGCUGCAAGGAAAUAACAGGAGAUACAAUGAUGGAUGAUUUAUUUGAAAUACAUCACGCUCACAUUAUUAUCACUACACCUGAAAAAUGGGAUAGCAUGACUAGAAGAUGGAGAGACAACUCUAUAGUCCAGCUUGUACGACUGUUUCUCAUUGAUGAGGUGCACGUUAUAAAGGAUGAAAGUCGUGGUGCAACGUUAGAAGUUGUAGUCAGUCGGAUGAAGACUCUUCAGUCUUCUCUUUGUCAUCUUAUAGAGAAACAUGACACUAUUCCUCCCUUGAGAUUUGUAGCAGUUUCUGCAACAAUCCCAAACGCUGAAGAUAUUGCAGAAUGGCUUUCAGAUACCAAGAUGCCUGCUGUAUGUCUGAAAAUAGAUGAGGAUCAACGACCAGUGAAGCUACGCAAAAUUGUUCUUGGCUUUCCUUGCAGUGACAAUCAGACAGAAUUCAAAUUUGACUUAACUCUUAACUACAAGAUAGCUAGUAUUAUACAAGCCUACUCGGAACAAAAACCAGCACUUGUGUUUUGUGCCACAAGAAAAGGAGUACAGCAGGCCGCUUCUGUUCUUGCAAAAGAUGCUAAAUUUCUACUGAGUAUAGAACAGAAACAAAGAUUACAGAAGUCUGCAAAUGCAUUGAAAGAUUCCAGACUGAGAGAUCUUUUAAUGUAUGGUGUGGCUUAUCAUCAUGCGGGUAUGGAGAUAUCUGACAGAAAAAUAAUUGAAGGAGCUUUUACUGUAGGAGACUUACCAGUACUUUUUACUACUAGCACCUUAGCUAUGGGAGUCAAUCUACCUGCACAUCUGGUGGUUAUAAAAUCCACAAUGCAUUAUGUUGGAGGAGUGUUCCAAGAGUACAGUGAAACUGAUAUUCUGCAAAUGAUUGGAAGAGCAGGAAGGCCUCAAUUUGACACUACAGCUACAGCAGUUAUUAUGACUCGCUGGAGUACAAGGGAGAAGUAUAUACAGAUGUUAAAUGGUGCUGAUAUAAUAGAGAGCAGUUUGCACAAGCAUCUUGUUGAGCACUUAAAUGCAGAAAUAGUGCUACAUACUGUCACAGAUGUCACUGUAGCUUUGAAAUGGAUACGAUCAACAUUCUUGUACAUUAGAUCCUUAAAAAAUCCAGCUUAUUAUGGUUUUUCAUCUGGUUUGGAUAAAAUUGGAAUUGAAGCAAAAUUACAAGAACUGUGUUUGAAGAACUUAAAUGAUUUGUCAUCUUUUGAUUUGAUCAGGAUGGAUGAAGCAAAUAAUUUCAAACCAACAGAGACUGGAAGAUUAAUGGCCUGGUAUUAUAUUGCAUUUGAUACAGUGAAACAAUUUUUCACAAUGAAAGGAACAGAGACAUUAAAUGAAUUGAUUACAAUGAUCUCCAAAUGCACAGAAUUUCUGGAUGUCAAGUUAAGAAUAAAUGAAAAGAAAAUACUGAACACUUUGAAUAAGGACAAGGACAAAAUAACUAUCAGGUUUCCAUUGGUGGGGAAGAUAAAAACAAGAGAAAUGAAAAUAAACUGUCUUAUUCAGGCUCAGCUAGGAUGUAUUCCCAUUCAAGACUUUACUUUGACACAAGAUACUGGCAGAAUAUUUAGAAAUGGCUUAAGAGUUACUCGAUGGUUAUCUGACUUUUUGGCAUCAUGUAAGGACAACUUUUCUGCUUUAUUAAACUCUGUGAUUUUAGCAAAGUGUUUCAGGUGCAAACUGUGGGAAAAUUCACUUCAUGUGUCUAAACAAUUGGAAAAAAUCGGUGUAUCACUGUCAAACAUUAUGGUAAACGCUGGGCUGACAUCAUUUAAGAAAAUAGAAGACAUAAAUGCGAGGGAACUUGAAUUGAUUUUAAACAGACAUCCUCCUUUUGGAAACCAGAUAAAAGAAUCUGUUUUGCACCUUCCAAAAUAUGAACUGGACAUUGAACAGCUUCCAAAAUACAGUGAUACAUUGGCUGAAAUCUUAGUAACUGUCAAAUUAACAAACUAUGAGCAGCUACAGACAAAGAGAACCGCAACAGACUUUCAUUAUGUUACGUUGGUCAUAGGAGAUGCUGACAACCGAGUCAUUUUUAAUCAGAAAAUUAUGGAUUCUGUGCUGCUGAAAACUGGAAAUUGGACAAAGAAAAUUGAAGUGAAAAGAGCUCUUAAAUCAGAGGACAUUAGUAUAAAUUUAAUUAGUUCUGAUUAUGGAGACAGAUCUAAACAAGGGAUUACUUACAAGAAAUAUGGAAACAGAGAAUGCAACCAUCGCUGUAAAAAUAAAGAUGCAUGUGGACAUGACUGCUGUAAAACUGGAGUACCUCAAAGGUCUGAGACAAACGGAGAUUCAAAGUUUUCUUUGUACCUAGCUGAUUUAAGGAGCAGAAACUCAAUUUCAUCUGUACCCCCAGUAAAACGGUUAAAGAUGCAGAUGUUAAAUCAAGCUCAAAAUGUGGAUCUCCAGCAAUUUGUUUUUACACCUAAAUCUUUGUUGCCAGCAUUGCCAAGGUCUAGCAAUAAACAGUCAUCUUCUUCACCUUCAGUGGACCAGGUAGAUAAUGUUAAUAACUUAGGAGUACCUCAGCAACAACUGCAAUCCUGGAAUUAUGGAAAGAUUAAUGGUUUGCAUGUGGACUUUGAACUGAGAGAUGAUGUUUGGGAUGAUAUUGAUGACGAGAAAUUAGUAUUUGCUAGCAAUUUUGCCAGUAGAGAAUUAGAUAAGUGUGAACCACUUUGGCAGUAUACGGGAAGCAAAGCCACAAAUGACAUUUCAAAAGAUUCAUGCAUAUUACAAGAUGAAACCAAUAUUCAGAACUCUGUUGUUUCUGUGGUUAGUAGCACAUCAGAAGUGAAUUUAUCUGUACAGAGUAGAAAUAUGUUCACUUUUCAAGAAAAAAAGCAUUCAAAUCCUUCUCAAGAGCUGAAAAAUGUACAGUGUUCUUCAGUCUCAAAAUUAAUCUCAGAUUCUUCUAAAUCCACUAGGAAAGAGGAUUUUUUUUUUUUUACAGAACAACAGGAAAAAGAAGUGGAUCCAAGAUAUCUUCUUGAUGAUGAAAUCAAUGAUGUUGAGCCCUUUCUUGGAAUAUUUGAUGACCUUCUGUAAAACAUAUAAACAAAAUUCAUUGUAAGUGCUGGGGGCGGGGAAAGAGUUACAGUCAUCUUUAAAGAGUGAAGCCUUCAAAUCCAGUUAAGAGAAUUUAAUUUCUGUUGUACACUUACUUACCUGUAGCUGGC